GUAUGACCAGAAGCCUUUUGCGGUUUCAAUUUUCGUCUGUGGGGGUUAGUGGGAACUUUGAUCUGCGUAGACCCUCAUCUCUGCUGUAUAUAAAAGGUCACCAGACACACACACCAACACCACUCACUGCCAGCAAUGAAAACCUCCUCAGUCCUCCUUGUGUGUGUUCUGGUGACAUGUUCUGUCUGGAUAGUCCAGGGGAGAAACAUAAAGGUCAGCACUGAUGAUCAGGAGGUUCUGGAAAUCUCUGUGGAGGCCGGCAAGCUUCCAGGUAUUUGCUGGGCGUGCAAAUGGGCUUUGGAAAAGGUGAAGAAAGUCAUCGGACCUAACACUACUGCAGAGGCUGUGUCAUCAAAGUUGCUGACCAUCUGCAACCAAAUGGGGCUCUUAAAAGCUAUGUGCCACAAAUUUGUGAAGACACACCUCAGCAUCUUGGUCGAGGAGCUCACAACUACUGAUGAUGUGAGGACCAUCUGUGUCAACACUGGAGCAUGCAAGCCAAAGGACUUGUUGGACCUGCUUUUUAAUCAAAACGAGGAUCUGCAAAUUGAAAUUAAUGAAUAUCGCUGAAGUUUAACAAUUACACUGCCAGUUUGCAAGAAAAAAAUUGACCAUGUUGUUGCUGUGGACUGACUGAGCACACAGUUAACCCCUAAAAUUUAAUUUAAUCCCUGCAUUUAUUUUCUACUGCACUUUUAUAGCCUUAUUUCACCUACUUUGCAAUGCUUAUACAUUAGAACUCUGUUUCUGUGUCUUUUUACAAUGCCAAUAAAUUUUUGCAUUUCAAA